UAGUUUCGUGUUUAAUCAGCUACUAUGACGUAAGCAAUCAGAUAAUUAUCAAACGAAUUGCCGGUCUUUACCGAGGAUAAGGAAACCGAGGGAAAGUAUACAAAUAAUACAAUGUUUAUCAAUGAUUGUUUAUGACGAGCAAGAGGACGAGUUUAAACGAGACUUCCGUUAAAUUCGAGAAUUCACUAAUAUCUUCCCGCUGGAGAUGGAUGAGUAUUCCCAGGAUAUGCAGAAGCUCUUAUUAAAGAAAGAGCAAGAAUAUGGUCAGUUAAAGUUUAUCUCGUCCCGAGCAACAAAGGAAACUUCAUGUUUCAUUGAUGAGUUGCUAGAGGCCAUCGUUGACAUCAUUAAAAAAUACAAUCUAUUCCCUGAAGACAAUAAUCACAACAAGAUCAGAACCAUCACUUUUACUUCUGCUCAAUGUUACAAUUAUUUUCUGUUGAAUACUAAUUUUUCCUCGCAUCAUCUUCUUCUAGAAGACUUGCUCUAUGGUCACUUGGUUGAUAUCUGGCCUACCUUAUCACCAUAUCUCUUUGUACAGAUAAUAUGGCGCUUAAAGUGCGAGUACAUACUAGUUGAAUCACUCAUGUACAUACCAUUGGAUCUAUGUGUGGACAUUCUGGAUGUAGCGAUUAAAUGUAUAGACGAAUUGGAUAUACCACGUGCCAAAUGUUUGAUUCUCGCUCUGAAUAACAAAAUAUACGAAAAAUGCCUGCAGUUGAACUUAGGCGCACUAUCAGAGAAGGAUAUAACGGAACGCGCAUGCCAAUUAGUAGCGAAUUUUCAGGCACUGUUGGAUCUGCUUGGAAGUCCUAGGUAUAUGGGUUCCUCUGAGUUAUCUGAAGUGGCAAGAUACGAGCAACACGGACUUCUUCUGAAGUGCAUUUUACGCCAUAUUAAAUUCUGCAUGAGUAAAAAGAUAGAGUCUUACACAGAGAAUCUUUAUGAGGAAAAACUGUUAAAGCUCACAUAUGGCAAUGUUGCUCACAAUCGUGUAAAUUAUUAUUGCACGCUUCCUGCUGAUAAAGUGCAAUCUAUUGUGACAACAUUGGAUGAGGAACUAAUCUCCUUAUUGCUGAACCAAAUUAAGCAGGUUGAUUGUUAUGAAUAUAUGGGCUGGCUAGAAGUUAAUGAUGCAGAAAAUAUUAUGAUUCCACUACAGCGUGCUAUUGUCAUUGAAUGCCACUAUUUCAUAAAUUUCAUGAAGGAGAAUGAAUUUCUGAAAAAUAACGAUCAUCUAUCCCAUUGUAUUCAGCAACUUUUAGGUUCGGUAAAUGGCGAGGAAUGUUUGUUAACUCUUCAAGAGCUUUGUCAUGGCAUUACCAACGGCAAACCAAAUGGUAUGAAAGAAUUGAUGAAACGUUACAAGGAAUGGGAUAUCUCUAUACUGAGUUUCAUCAAUGAGAGACUACAAUUAUUGCAAAAAGAUGAUUGCUGCAUUUUACUUGAAUAUCUCCAUCAGAUGUUCGCGACCUCGCACACUGAAGUAGAGAAAUAUCAAGCUUAUGUUUUAGUAUUGAGAGCGAUAUUGCAGCAAAAUGUACAAGAUGUAUAUUACAUCGUAAUAAAAUAUGUGCUGCGACAUUUUGAUGAUAAUCGUUUAGAAUACUUGUACAAUCAUAAACUCUUCAUAAAGUUUAUGCAACGCGAUGCGUGUAUAGCCGAAUCUGAAAAACUGCUUAUUCUCCUGAUAUUUCUUCUAUUGAAUGCAAAAAGAGUGCUAACUACACUUGUGGAGAUUGCGAUAGGAUGCAACAAAUACGAGAAUGUUAUGUUUUCGUUAAAGGACAUAUUGCUCUUGCGAUCGUUCUUCAUUAUACAAAAAACCAACGAAUACAAUCUGCUGAUAUAUAUCUUGAAGGAUGUCUGCUUGCAAAAGAAUGUUACUUGGUCUUGCAAGCAUUUUCCAACUUUUAUGAAUACCGUACUUGACCAUAAGUUGAUAACUCCGGAUAAUUUGAUGAACAUUGUCUACAUCCCCUAUCUAAUUGAUAGCAGUUUCCACUACUUCAACUUUCUCUGCAUACUGAUGCAUAUAUAUGAUAUCGUGAUGGAAAGAGUUUGCACUCCCAAAAUGGAUUACCCACUACUGAUCAUAGCGUUAACUAAGAAAAUGUCGUUGAUAAGAAGAUGCGAGCCAACCUGCUUAAGAAGCAUUAUUCACGACUUGAUAAAUCAUAUAACGCGCAUAUUGAACGCCUUGUUUUAUAUUCCGAAUAUACUAACAGUGAAUCAACAGCGCGAAGUGAUUGACGCAAUUGAUGACUGCGUGGAGCCAAUCGAUCGGGCGCGACUGUCACCUCUGUGGCAUAUACUCAACGGCAGUAUCUUGGAUAUAAUCCAGGAUUAUGAGAGACGUUGCUUCAUUAUACAUCGACGACUACGCACAGAUCCGCGAUGCGAACCCAAAUUACGCGAGCAUAUCCAAUCCUUUCGACUCGAUCGGGAAAGUUUUCUACGUCACAUGAUUUUGCAUGCCACCGAAAAGGAAUACGAAAUUUUCGCGCUCGAAUUGACAACGAUAUUCUGGUGCAAUUUUGGUUGGACCGACGAGAUGGAGGCUUACGAAAAUGUGCUGCGGAUCACUGGCGAGGCAGCGCAACUCGCUUUGAUAUUUGAUAACACGUUUCCCAAUGAUACGUUCGUAUCGUUGAUACGCGCUCUUGUGAACUUUUGCGACGUGUUUGCGCACAUCAAUCACAAUACGAACGAUCAACAAGUGGCGAUCCGCCGUAUCCUGCUAAAAACCUUGCACUCUUUAAAAGAUACGACUGAUAGAACAUGCCUCGGUCAAAUGUAUGGCUUCUUGCUUGCACGUAUCAAGGAUAUCUUAAUCAAGAAUUCAUAUUCAUAUAUAGAUCGUUAUUUUCAUGAGGUCAACGACUGGAUCGACGUGUACCUUGUUCGAUGCGAGGGACUAAUGACGCCUAUAAAAGAAUCUGAAAACUCAAGCGAUUCAGAUGAUGAGAAGAGUUUGAAAGACACAAAAGUACUAGACGAAGCUCGCAAGUUAACUAGCAAAGAAAUCGAUAUGUUUAAUUCCUACAAGUUUGUGUCCGAAUGCAUCAAGAUAUCCAAUAAAGGGACACAUCGUUGCAUCGAGCGAAUACGGGAUAUUAUAUUAGCUAAAAAGGAAAUAUAAUCUUAGUUUAAAUAAUGUGUAAAAACAAUAUUCGCAUACUUCGAUGUAUAUUCGAUUUUAUAUAAAAAAGUAUAUAUGACAUUGUCGUAAAGUAUUUCCAUUAAAAUACAUCUUAUUUUCUCAAUUGAUAUAUUGAAUAAGACACUUUACAACAACGUUUUUCUUUUUUACGUGAAAUUGAGAAAGACGAAGUA